CUUCACUGCGGGUCUCACCUCUCCGAAAUGGCGGCCGAAGGCGACAAGAAAGCUUCUAAAAAAGACGAAAUGAAGCGUCAGUCUCAGGAACAGGGCAUCGUAGAUGGUUUUAAUCAAUUGCGACAAGAACAGCGUUCCUUAACAGCCAAACUGGUCGAGCUCGAGAUGGAUCUCAACGAGCACAACCUCGUGGCAGAGGCAUUGCAGAAGGUGGACGGAGACCGCCGAUGUUACCGGAUGGUGGGGGGCGUGCUCGUUGAGAGGACUGUGAAGGACAUCCUGCCAGCUGUCAUGCAGAACAAAGACAAUAUUGCAAAGUCCGUGGAUGCGCUGAACGACAGGAUUGUCAAGAAGGGACAGGAAGUGAAUGAGUACAGGGAGAAGCACAACAUCCAGAUCAGGGUGUCUUCCAACGCAGCAUCCAAGCCACAGUCAAGCGACAAGUCUGCGGCACAACCUGCGACAGGGGUUCUGGUCUGAGGGUCGUUUCUGGGUUUUACUACUUACCUUUCUUUUCCUGUCAGGCUCUCACAAGAAUCUAGAGCAGAUGGCUUUGAGAAAAGUGCUUUGCAAUGCUGAAAGGAAGCAAAGGGUACAAAGCACACAUUUGCUCUCAGAUCCAUCUUCAAAAGUGUGAAGCUGUUGUUUCCUGUCAAUCUUUCUCUCUUUUUUUUUUUUUUACUGAAUUAAAGAUUGAAACUAUUUAUAUUCAUGCUG